AUGCAGGCGACAAAUCAUCUCCCCAGUCUGAUGGGUACGCUUGACGACCUGAAGGCCGCAUCUCCAGGUUUCGUGCGCUCACACGUACCAAUGUGUCCUCCACCGUGCACAUGCGUCGACUGCGAGACCUACUACUAUGCACCUGACAAGCAGCAAGUCGACCGAUUCCGUUAUACGAGUACGCUCACCGACGCCGAAUCCAGGAGCCUCCUGAAGGGUUAUAUGAAGGACAUCUGUGAAGCCCAGCGAUACUUGCGAAAGGCUAUACAGCAGAAUGGUGACUACGUUUUGAGCCGCUGGAGGAAGCUUACCCAGACUAAGCGGGUUGCAAUGCUCCAGCAAGUGGAGCCGGAUCUGCCUCUGAAGAAAGGUCUUAUUGCGGACCUGGAAUCCUCGGGCACACCAUGGCGUACAUGUCGGAAGUACCGGAAGUAUUUUCUGCUCCCAUACCUGGACGUAUACACCCUCAGUAAGAACCCAUCGACACUGAUAGGGUUGCUAAAUACGCGGGCGAAGAAUCCUGUUGAGGAAUGGGCACCGUUUGACCACAACCAGUUGAGGAAUUCCUGGGGUCAGGGUUUGUUCGAUUCUCAUUUCAAUGUCGGUGCAGUUAUCCUGCAUGGACCUAACUAUGGCACUCUCACCAAGUGGGAGGCACAGGCUGCCCAUCGGUUCGAUCAGGUCGGAUUUCCUCGCGCGCAACUCAUCAUCGAAGCCCAGGCUACUCUACUACGGUUCCUGCGACAAGUUGUCGAGAAAUUACUUACGGGUCUGCCAGACGGUGCGUCAGCAUCUGCCACCAAAUGGGAUGCAUUCAUAGAGUCAGGUCUCAAGAUGGAAGGAGAUACAGUUCGCUGGUCAAGUUUUGUCAACCAACCAUUCACUGCCCCUCCUCGAUUCGAUGUAGACAAUCUAGUCUCUCAAGUGAGUGCCAGAUGUGAGUCCACAAACGAUCAUCUGUGGCUUCUCCAGACGGAGCCAUCUUACUUCAAGCGCUACAUGCACAAGAUAGCUCAAAUGCAAAGUGUGGAAACAAUUGGUAGAAGCAGAGUUGGCCUUGUAAUCACGAAUGGCGAAAUCAUCGCGGACAUCGACAUCAACCAGUUUUGGCGACACACAUUACUUGAGUUCAAGCAUCUUCAAGAGCUCUAUCAUCGGUAUCGAGACUCGAUCACCCCUGGAGCGCCUUUGCCGAUUAAGGUGGAUAACGCUCUUGGUGCGCUUGAGCUCAUCCUCGUCAAUCAAGUACACACGCGAGCUCUACAGCUUUUUGCGGUCAUAUCCCAGAGACCAGGGUUUCGGCACAUCUACGACUCAACGCGCGUCACUGAGUGUACUCCGGGCAGAAAGAGCGCGUAUGAAACGAGUAUUCGAAUUAAAGAAAGGUUCACGACGAGUCAUGGCGAGACCGCUGCGUAUCACACAGAAAGGCUCUGGUGGAUUCUUAUGCAGCUGCAGGGUGAGCCAGACCUUGAGACUCGAUUCCCUUACGCUAUGUUGCUCGAUAUGCUCAACGAUCAUCUUGCAAAAUCACCGCCCGCCGAACGCGAGCGUCUAGACGAGAUACUAUACGAGAAGCUAUCUGACUAUGUCACACUCCUGGAACUCCUCUGGGCGAUUCGCAUGCAUUGCCCCCGAAACAAGAAUCGCACGGUUAAAGAAUGCGAAAGGACCGAAGACCGACUGUUUUGGAGAGCCUCAGCUACAGGGACUGGUGUCCUAACUCGUGAUGCCACUCCUAUAGGAGAGUUGUCAGCUUUCGAGGCUGCGAGGCUACCUAGUGGGCCACGGAACGGGAACUGGCUCCAGAAAUUCGAGACAGCGCAUCAAACCCUACAAGAGUAUUGGAGAAAGACGUUCCACAUUUAUGAAAGGCGAAACAAGGUUCUUGGACUACGACCUGAUGACGUUGAGACAAAUAUGGAGCCGUUAUCAUUCUGGAAAGACCCAAAGUACAUGGCACAAUUGGAGACAAAGCGUACACAAAUCCUUGCCGACACCAAGAAAUUGACGGUUCCAGAUAGCGAGGACAUUUUCCUACCUUUCCCAACAACGCCCGAAGUUCCAAUCAAGCUUGACAUCCUACCGUCGAAGACCAAAGUCAAGACUCGAGGCGAGGCUCGAUCGGAGGAGUCCGCACAGGAUGAAGAAGCUGCAGCAAUACGAGAACCCACUCCAGCGAAGAUCGCAUUGCCUAAACGCUCGUACGCGACAUUUCGCUACAUGUUCCCCACGGGCCCUGAAGAACGCUUGAAGGAUGUCAAUUGGGAGACGUUUGUAAUGAGUAUGGAAAACGCAGGCUUUACAGCAAGAAAUGGUGGUGGCUCCAUUGUCAUGUUCGAAGACGAGAACGGCGGUGGCAAGAUCAAUUUCCAUAAACCACAUCCUGACCCGAGCAUAGACCCGGUCAUGCUCCAGUCCAUGGGUCGUCGGAUGAAUAAAUGGUUUGGCUGGACUCGCGAGACCUUUUCGUUGGCGGGCAAGUAG